UACAUACAUAGGCGCAGGCUUGCGUUUCUGGCUGCACGUGCAAGAUGGCACAGCGGAUAACUUGGAGUUUUUUCCUUCUGGUUGGUUUCGCGGCGGUCCACCAGUCUCUGAGCCUGAGUAAUGUCGAGUUCUAUGAAAAGUUAAAGCCGUAUUUGGAACUUGACGUUGCUGAAGAAGAGUUAGAGACCGUGGCAAACGACGGAAGUGAUGUCAUCCUGUUGCCAGGAGGCCCGGACGACGAGCUCGAUAUCGCCUUCCUUCUCAAAGAGCUCGGUUUCACCCCUGGAAACGCAUCAGAGUCUGCCGUAGACCCGGAAAUAGCUAGUCUUCUCGAUGCGUUCAACCUCGCUCCUCGGAAAGUCGUGGGGAAAUCAAGGGACCUAGGCUGGUGGUGGCACCAUCAUCAUCACCAUCACCACCACCAUCAUCAUCACCACCACCAUCAUCAUCACCACUAUCACAAAUGCCCACGCCGACAGUUUGUCCAGUGUUUCAAGCGGGGCUGCGCUGCAUGUGUCAUGCGAACAUUUGCCGUGAGACACUACUACAGAUACCAUCGCUUCGAUCUCAAUAUGUGUAUCCGGGUGGAUUACCGGAGCUACAGUAGUUACCUGCUCUCAUUUACCUUGAAUGGAUACCGCCUCCUCUACACCUACAACUGCCUGGGCAGGUCCACGUACCAGUACUGCUACCACGUGCACCACCUCGUGUCACCCUCCAGCCGUCUGUGUGCCCAGCUGUACAGUAUCAACAGGAGCCGCCGCACUAUGUGCGCGCGCAUCACCGGAACCGUCAACAUCAAGGGUCACGUUCACAGCGCCUAUCAAAACAUCGGCUGUUUCCGUAUCCCAUGCCACACCGACAACCAAGCCAUUGAGCGCCAAGAGGGCACUGAUGACCUCCCAUCUGAUGACUUUGAUCCGGCAUCUGAUGACGUUGACAGUGGAUCCGAUGAGAAAAACGAGAACCAAGAUGGGAGUUUCGAAGAUAGCGCCGAAGAUGACUCUGACUCGGCUGAAAGAUAUGAAUGAACUUCCAAUCUGAAAGAUGUGUCCAACUAGAAUCUUGAUUAUAUUAUGACACUGCUAAGACGCUACGGCUCCGUUUUCUUUGUCCUUUUGCAUGAGUGUGAUUCUUACAUUGCCUUCAGAAAUACUGGUGUGAAAUUUCAUGAUUUAUUUUGCAACAAGUCGAAGUAAUAUGAGAUCAUAUAUAAAUGUUGCAGCACACACUACCCUUGUUAUAGAAAGUAUACGAGAUGAGCGCUAAGCGCGAGAUAUGUAUAUUUUAAUUACAAGGGUGGUGUGAAGUGACUGUUUUAAACCUUAAUUUAAAGACGUCUUAUCCUUCUUUUGGUGAAGGUUUAAUUGACUUAUUUUGCGACUGUAACUUAAUCAGUAUUUUCCAGACUAUUGUAGUAUAUUAUGUAUGUAUUGCGCUCAUUUUUUAAGGGAGACACGUUUCUGUUAAAAGAAAACCUUUGUUAACAAAAAAUCAAUAAAUUCUAUUUUGUUUUCAAAUGCCAAAAGAAUACAUAUCUUAUCCUAUGGAUAGUUAUGUCCUCGGUGGUUUGCUGUAUACUGUACAAUUGUUUGACUACAGUCUUUCAUUAUGCAUCAUGUUUUAAAAGGGAAUAGCACAUUAACUAGGUUAUUGCAUUUUUAUUAAAAUCCAAAAUAUUUGCACUUGUUGAAUACUCUGUUUUUCCGAGCGUUUUCUGUGAUCUUACUGUACGUAUGUAUGUAUUUGCACUGUAUCCAUGUUAAUCUCUAUGUUGAUCUUUUUCUGUGUUUUCUGAAUAAAUUAUGCAUGCAGCAAAACUCG